UUCAAAACUUCGGCAACACUGAAAAGGAACGGUAUCCUUCUUGUAUGCCUUGAUGUGCAUUCAUUUAUUUGUUAUUGUACAUACAAAUUCAAUAGAAUUUUUUCCAGUGGCUUUUCUGAAAAUAUAACUUUGAGCGAUGUACUUUGUAUUUUAUACUAAAAAAUAUUAAUUUUAUUAUAAAAAAACAGUGUAAAAAAUGGAAACUAAUGAGAUUACAAUGUAUAUGGAUGUUAAACUGGAUAUACAUAAUAAACGCCCGGAUUCACUGAAGUUUAAGCAAUGGUCCAGAUGUGAAGUAAAAAUUGAAGGUAUCAAAUGCCUACCAAGCUACUUACGUAUCGCAAUCACGGGAUGUAAUGAUGCUGAAGGAUGUCUGACAGAAGAACAACGUUUCCAGUCCAAAAGAUACAUUAGUGUUUCCAUUAUAGUGCCGGGUGUUAGCAUAAGUUUAGCAUCUUCGCGAACGAAAGAGUACAGCUAUGGGCUGUUUUGGACACAAAAUCGUAAACAGUGUUUCAUAUAUUUUGCUUUGGAAACCGAGAUGAGUUGCAGACGUCAUAUGAAAUGGAUAAAAAAGACUAUAAAAAAUUUAGAAUUACAUCGUCAAUUAAUGCUGGAGCAGAAUAGAACCAGCCGCGGUCCAAGUAUAUGCGUGGCUGGUACAAGGCAGUUCGAAAAGGAAAAUAUGCAGAUUCCUCUGCCAAUAAAUGUGAAUGAAGGUUUGACUGAAGCUAUUUAUUCAUCUCUCGAACCUCUGCAAAAACUUCCUAUCUGUCAUGAUAAUAACGAACAUGGUUGGUCAAGGCAUAAUUCAGAUAUUUAUGAAGAAAUACUAGAAUACGUUGAUGGCCAGCCGCGUCUCUCACGACGUGUGUCACGAGCAUCAAUUGCUUCAGGUAUUUACGAGGAGAUGAAGCCUACUACCCAAGCAUUUAACGCCAUCCAUGAAGAGUCAGCUGAAUCACAGCAGAGGUCAACAGCUGAAACUACACCGCCGCUACUGCCUCCGCUUCCACCACCUCGAAAACGUAUAAACACUUUCGAUGGGCAAGGCAUGUUAGGUGAAAUACCCCGUUCGAAUACAAAUCCUGAGUCUGAAUUAGCCAAGAAAAAGAAAUAUAAAAACGUUUUGGACAAUAUAUUUGGCAGUGGACGAGCCAAACGUGCUGAAAGCGUAAGCGAAACACAGGCUUGCACUGCGGAAGAUAUAAUUAAUAGUGUUACGCCGACUAAACCGAUUAAAAAUGAUAAAGGAACUACACCUAUAUAUGCUAACGAUGCAGCUGCGAUACGGCAGAAAAAGUCAUGCACAACAUCUGUACCAGCUAUAUCAAAGCGAAAUAGUUUUUCCUCGCCAGAUCUAUCAAAGAUCAACUACUUGGAGACGUUUGAUGAAAAUGAAAUUGUUGUCGGCGCAUUGCAUGAUUCAAUUGCAACCAGUGAUGAUCUAAAUAUAAGCGACGAAGGUCUGCAUAACGCUUGUUUCGUGCCGUCCAAAGAAGCAUGUUUAAUAGCGAAUGAAAGGAUAUCAACGGAUAGUCUAAAUGUGUCUGAAAAAAUUCCAAACAACUUUAAUUUUUCUGCUAUCAAUUCGUCUAGUAUAAAUUUAAUAGGCUAUAAUGGUGCCACCAUACCUGCAAGUAAUCAGAAAAGAAAUAAAAUAUUGGUAGACGAUUUAACAGGGUAUUGUGUGAUGGCACCUAUCCAACCAAAGAAAACAGAGGAGACGGCUACCGACAAGGUACCUACCGACCCAACCACAUCCGGUUACUCGACUAACUCGUAUCCAUCGACAAGUUCUUCCUCUGCAGAAGAACCGAAAGCAUCAGCUGCAAAAGAAACUCGUCAAAAUAAUGCAGAAGAGAGCGCGAUAUAUGAGCAAAUGUUGGAUCUGCACAAAUCUAGUACCGAAAUGGAUACCACAUCAAAUAAAUGUAAUAUGAAAGAAAUCGAUGUUGCGGCUAAUCUCAGCUCAGCAACUGCUUUGACAUCUAACUCUAACGUUCAUGAUUUUACCGGUAAUUUGUACGAGAAUUUAUUGGCUGUUAAAGCAUCACAAGAACUGGAACAACAAUUGCCGCCUGCGUCGCUAAGCACAAGUACCCCAACAGAAUCGCCACACACACAACCUGCUGUGGUAAAUGAAAAGUCAGCAGAGGAAGAGGAAAACUACUAUCAAACGCCGCGAAAGUCAAUUAUCAGUGUUGAUGACAAAAUUCCUUCUUACUAUCCGAACAGCUGUGAUACGGUGAAAACUCGCCGACACCAUACAUUGGCUACAGCGAGCCCACAACAAGCAGUUGAUAAUUCUCCACCCACAAUAUCUGGUGUGAACACAACCGAGAAAUCCAACAAUCCCUCAUCAUCAGUUGGUCUACGUCGCUUAGUUACUUUGAAAAUAAAGCGUGAGCGCAAAGAGAACCUUUACAUAUCAUCUCCACAAAGCAUCAUAGAGCAGCGACAAUGUGGAAAUUAUGCGACGGAAGCAGACAACAAAAAUGCACAUAAGAGCAGCAAAGUGCAUAAAUCUCUGCGCGCGGGUGCUUUAAAAAUUGCCGAACAUGUCUAUACCGUCAAGCAUGCUAAGCAAAAAAGUAAUAGUGCCGAUAAGAAUCUGAAUAAUAACAACAAUGAAGCCGAUUUGACGAAUUUUCCCGAAGAUGUACGUGAACGCCUGCAAACAGAAUUGUUGCAAUUCGCACUUUUGCAAAAGAUUGACUUCAAAUUUGAUGACGCAAAAACAGCUGCGGACCAGCCGAAUACGUUGGAGGAUCUUAAAACGCCAUCGCCUACCGGAAGGCGACAGCCAACCAACGCCGCCGAUAAGGAGCGCAUCUACGAGAAUCUGCUGCACCACCACCUACAGUUGCGGCAAGCUGAAAACCGAAUUGCUGCUGGAAUUAGCAGCAAUUUAUGCAACACACCAGUGACUAGCGCCAGCGUGACAAACGCCAAAUUGGAAAUGCAUCAGAGCUGCAUGGCAGGUGUAGGCGAUGAGGUCAACUUGGGCGUUGAUGGCAUGGCUGAGGUGGGCGACAGUUGCAGCGCCGACGCAGCUGUAGGCGGUUUGAGUAGUGUAAAAAAAUUUGCUUCGUUGCCGCGUUUCAAGAAAAUCGACUUCUCGCCACUGCGCUUGCGCAUCAACAAUGUGCUGCAACGCGGUCAGCAGCAGGAUUUUUAAUUGUAUUGCGUCAAUUUCCACAGCUAUAACGGGAUUCAACUGCAAUUCAGUUUAAACGCGCAUUAAUUGCAAGAGAUCGCUAUUAGUUUAGCUGUAAUCGCUUUAAAAGUGUGCUUAUGUGAGCUCUAAAUUAUUUUACACUUGUUGAGUUUUCGAUGCUAUUUCAAUUUUACGCAGCUUUAAGCUUUUGCGCUUGUUUUUAACAUCUAAUAGUAAGUUUUUAUGUAAGCUCUCUCAUUUUAUAUAAUAUAAGCUUUGGCUGUUCUAUGUAUGUAAGUAUGUAAGCAUGCGGGGUACUGCAUGUUAAACGCUAAUCUCACCAUAUCAAUUGUUAUUGUUUGCUUUUAUUGGCUGACAUUUAGAGUACAAAAACGUCGAAAUUCGACCCAAAAGUGUGACUCCGUGAAUAAUCUUGUAGUAUUGAAACUAUAUAAGUCUUAUUUUUUCAUAAUUUUCACAAUUUGUGCAAGGUUUAUAUAUAUAUUUUUUUCUUUUUCGUUUGGUUGUUGUUGUUGUAGCGGCAGAAUUCUGCCGAGUUGACAGUCCUUGGCCGGAUAAAAAUCCGUUUCCGUUCCGUUUACGUAGACUCGACUGUCAUGGGAUUGUUUGUUUGGUGAUUCCAUUGUGCUUUUUCUUUAUAUAAUUAGUAUUUGCAAAUAUAUGUAUGUGCUUACUGUGUGCUGUAUAAAAAACAACAUUGUACACUGUACAAACAAUUAUAUGCUCAAAAUGCUUUGAAUUU